AUGGCGGAUUUGACAGAAUUGAAGCAAAUGGUAAUGAGCUUUAGAGUCUCAGAGCUGCAUGUGUUACUAGGAUUUGCUGGCAGAAAUAAAAGUGGUAGGAAACAAGAGUUAACCCAGAGAGCUCUUGCUUUGGUACAGAAAGGUUGCUCCUUGCCUGUGCAGAUAAAAAUAAGAGAAUUAUUCAGACAAAUUAACGCAGAAGCAAAGAACUUGAACAGCCUGUCGCCUCACAAAGAAGGGAAUAUGCCAGUGAUGCAUAGACAUCCAGGAAUGGUUGGUUUCCCUGCAGAUCCUCCUGUUAGUGGAUUGGACUACUCUGCUAUGAGCAGCAUGAGGUCACUGCUGCCACAGCCACCACCAAUCCCUGUCAAUCCUGACGUCAAGUUAAAGCAUUUGCCAUUUUAUGAUGUUCUAGCGGAAAUAAUGAAACCCUCUAGCCUGAUACCGAAAAACUCUGCAAGGAUGCAAGAGACACUGUUUGUCUUCCAUCUUACACCCCAACAGGCCCAAGAUAUUACUAUGUCGAGAGAUUUCCGACCUGGUGCUAAAUGUGAAUACACAGUUCAGGUACAAAUCAGAUUCUGUCUACUGGAGACUACCUGUGAACAAGCAGACACGUUUCCAUCACAGAUUCAAGUUCGAGUGAAUAACAAGCCAGCAACUUUACCUAAUGUUAUACCAACUAAUAAACCUAACGUAGAACCAAAACGACCAGGUCGGCCGGUGGACAUCACAAGCCUUUGCAGAUUGUCCCCAACAGUGUCCAAUGCCAUAACAGUAACGUGGGCAGCUGAUUUCACUAAGAGCUUCUGCAUGGCUGUAUACCUUGUGAGGAAACUGACAUCUGAUACACUUCUGACCAGACUCAAGCAGUUUGGCAAUAGGCAUUCUGAUCAUACCAAAGCAUUAAUCAAAGAGAAGUUGGCUCAAGAUCCUGAUAGUGAAAUUGCUACAACAAGUCUACGUGUUUCUCUUAUGUGCCCGCUGGGGAAGAUGCGCAUUCAGAUCCCUUGUCGAGCCAGUACAUGUACACAUCUGCAGUGCUUUGAUGCCGCCACAUUCCUGAUGAUGAAUGAGCGAAAACCAACAUGGAUGUGUCCGGUUUGUGAUCGACCAUGUCCAUACGACAAGCUCAUUAUAGAUGGGUAUUUUGUUGAGAUCUGCCGCCAGUCACCGUCUUGUAUUGACAUCAUAUUUCAUGAGGAUGGCAGUUGGACACCCAUGAAGCCCCAGAAGGAGAAUGCCAAUCAAGUCAUCCUUACAAACACCCCAAAGGUACCCACGCCAACCCCAACCUCAGCAGCAUCUACAUUUCAGCCUACACCGCCAGUGGCAGCGAUGACGACAGCGACAGCGACGACAGCGGCAGCCCCUGCCAAAGCUCCAGUAAUCGACCUCACUCUGGACAGUUCAGAUGAUGAUGAUGACGACUAUGCGGUAAUACCAAACGAGCCAGUGAGUCCUCCUGUUAUUAACUUGGACACACCCUCGCCAGCUCCUCAUUCCUAA